AUGGAACAGAAGGGGAUCCAGUUACUCUCAGUCAUCCUCAUUUUAGGGCUCAGUGCACUGACUGAAGGAGCAGAAGCCCCAGCUCCAUGCAGAUGUAAUGUGGAUCCAAAAACCAGAGUGAACUGCGGGCCUCCAGGAAUCACUGCCGAGAAAUGUGAAAAUGCAGGAUGCUGCUUCAGUUCAGAAGUUCCUGGCGUCCCUUGGUGCUUCUCUCCUCUCCCAAGACAAUCUCAGGAGCAAUGUGCGCAGCAGCCAUCUGCCCGAGUGAACUGUGGCUAUCCGUACAUCAGUGCUGAGGAAUGCAACAACAGAGGGUGCUGUUUUGAUGACAGUAUCGUUGGUGUCAUCUGGUGCUUCUUUCCUAGGGCAGAGGAAGAAUGUGACAUCUAG